UGGAUUAAGUUAGUUUCCCUACCUUGGUUUUUCAACCCCGUCCAGUUGGUAGCAGUAAUAGACCUUUUUGGGUUGUAAGUCUCCCAUAAAACCCACAGAAGUAGAAGCUUUUCACUUGAUAAAUGAUUGAACACUGUCACCUGCUGGUCAAAUGACCACAUUGAAAUAACUUUUAUUUUGAAGUGAGAAAAGGAACCCGGAAAUAGUGUUUACUGUGAGAAAGUGGAGGGUGGGGUUACACCUGCCCUUGUGUUCUCUGAAAAGAUGGAUUCUACUGGGAAACCCUCCACAGCUCAAGUCCUACUAUUAACCACCAGCUCAGCACUGACUGCAGUCUUCUACUCUGUGUACAGGAGGAGGACAACAACAGUAGCAAGAUUAAAGGGAGCCAAGAGAGUGUCUAUUGAUCAGGAUCUGAAGAACAUCCUGACAGCAGCACCAGGAAAAUGUGUCCCGUAUGCUGUGAUCGAAGGUGUUGUGAGAUCUGUUAAAGAAACCCUGAACAGCCAGUUUGUGGACAACUGCAAAGGGGUCAUCGAGAGGUUAACUCUAAAGGAGAAGAAGAUGGUGUGGAAUCGUACCACUCAUCUCUGGAACGAGAGUGAAAAGGUCAUCCACCAGCGCACCAACACGGUGCCCUUUGACCUGGGAUCCCACGACAUGGCCAUGGCCGCCACCAUCCGGGUCAUCCGUCCCCUGGACUCCUCGGAGCUAGACCUGGAGACCACUUACGAGAACUUUCACCCCACGGUCCAGUCCCUGACCAAUGUCAUUGGCCACUUCAUCAGCGGGGAGCGCCCUAAAGGUAUCCAUGAGACGGAGGAGAUGCUGCGUCUGGGGGAGAGUGUGACUGGGGUCGGGGAGCUGGUGCUGGACAACAACCUGGUGAAGCUCCAACCUCCCAAGCAGGGCCUGAGGUACUUCCUCAGCCGACUGGACUAUGACUCCCUGGUGGAGAAGCAGCAGAGCAGCGUCAGAGUCUGGAGGGUCCUGACUGCGUUGUUUGGUGUGGUAGCUUCUACGACGCUCCUCUUCAUCCUGUGGAAGCAGUGGGUUUACCACAGACAGAGGAGAAAGGAGAAGAACGUCCUGGAGGAGUUCAAGGAGCAUCAGAGGAAGAGGAUGAGGGAGCUGAAUGUAGAGGAGACCAGUGUUUCCCCUAGUGCCUGUACAGUGUGUCUGACCCGGGAGCGUUCCUGUGUGUUCCUGGAGUGUGGGCAUGUCUGUGCCUGUGACCAGUGCUACCAGGCUCUUUCAGAGCCAAAGAAGUGCCCUAUCUGCAGGGCACCGAUAGAGAGGGUAGUACCGCUUUAUAACAGCUAAUGGAUAAUGCCAUGGCGAUUGUAACUGGACUAAUCUAAUGUUACUGAAAAUGUCACUGAAAAUAGGAUUGUGUAUUUGUUUUUCUUUUUGUUUGUCUUUUUUUGUGUGACAGGAAAAUGACUGUGUAUAGCUUUAACAUUUCAUUGAAAGAUCAACCUUACUUGUAAUGCUGUGUUGUUAUUAUGUUGAUUUGAUUUAUAUCAGUUGAGGAAAAGAUGCGUCCUUUUUCCAUAGAGAGUUGUAGAAUCAACUCAGAAGUUGAAUGUCUUCACCUCAGUGUUUCUCCAAAGCACAUCAAAGCCAUUUUGAAUAAAGAACGAAAAACACAAAACAAA